AUUGCCCUCUAGUGAAUCUUGAGCCUUGUGAGUUUCCGUCGCGGCCUCUGCCGGCUGAGUUUCUGUGUCAGGCUAGUCAGCGCUUGCUCUCAGUUCUUUUCCAGCCUGAGUGACUCUACUUCUUUCGCUGCAACCAUUAUGUCCCGGAUCCUCAAAUCGGUGGAUUACGAGGUAUUCGGCCGGGUUCAAGGGGUUUGCUUCAGAAUGUACACAGAGGAUAAAGCUAGGAAAGCAGGUGUAGUUGGCUGGGUUAAAAAUACCAGACAAGGAACGGUUACUGGACAAGUGCAGGGUCCAGAAGAAAAAGUGAAUGAGAUGAAAGCUUGGUUGACCAGCGUUGGAAGUCCUAGCUCACGCAUUGACCGGACAAAUUUUUCUAAUGAAAAGGAAAUUUCAAAACUUGAAUUCUCUGGAUUCAUCACAAGAUAUUAAUAAAAGCAAAUCAUAGAAUUAUCUUACUUCUACCGUGGCAUCAAAUAUUUUAAGUCUCCCUAAAGCAAAUUAGGAAAAUAUAACAAUUAUUAUAUUUACAUUCUGGCCAAAUGUUUAUGUGGUGUGUUAAGGCAGAAAAAAGUAUCACUUCGUUAAACUUUUUUUUUCUUUACAGAUACUUUACAGAUACCAAUUUGAGUAUUAUUAGGCAUGUUGUUUUGCUAUCAUGUGCGUGUUUAUUUGGAAGUGACUCCUUCUGUAUCCAACAGGGUUAGUCCAGAUAAUUAUACAGUAUAUGCCUGCAGCUUUAAGGAUCUGCCCCAAAUGUAAGGGUGGAAUGAUUUACAUCUUAAAACUAAUAUAUAUGACUACAUUCAGUGAAAUAAUUUAUUAAACCUUAAAUGUUUAAUUCUGGACACUCUAAACCAAAUGUUUUACAACAAACUAAAACAUUUU